AUGGGAAUAAUUAUGUACAUUAAGGCGAUCAAGAUUGAUAUCCAGACAGCCAGCGGCCCGUUUGGAUUUUUUACUACUUUCAAUCGUAAUCUUAACAUCAUCAGGGGCCGUAAUUCCGCCGGCAAAAGUACAAUUGUACAUGCGAUCAUGUACGCUAUUGGCAUGGAAGAAUUACUAGGUGCCCAGAAUGAAAAUGCGCUGACUUACGCCCUAAAAGAUCACCUUGAACAUGAGAACAUCAAACAUGCUAUUCGCUCAUCCAAAGUAACAAUCGAAAUUGAGAACAAAGGCAAAACAAUUACUGCCACUCGAAGUGUGAAAGAAGAAGGACUUAGCACAAAACUUAUACAAAUACAGGAGUGUUCGAGCCUGACCGAGGGACAGACCGCUCCCACUCUCUACAAGUUUCUUCAUGACGGUGGCAGCGCGAAAAUUGAGGAAGGCUUCUACACCUACUUCGAAAAAUUCCUAGACUUGGCAUUGCCUUUGGUACCUAAAACCAAUGGCAAACCUGAAAAACUUUAUUUGCAGUACGUUUUUGCUGCAAUGAUGGUUGAACAAAAACGUGGGUGGACUGACUACAUCGCCAAUCUACCCUACUUCGGGAUCCGGGAUGCACGGAUUAAAAUUGUCGACUUCCUCGUGGGAACUGACGUCUUCGAAACAGAUGCAAAGCGUGACAUCCUGGAUCAGGAGGCAAAGUCAAUCCACGAAGAAUGGCAAAUUUCUUAUCGAACACUUGUCACCGAAACACUAAAGCAAGGCUUGCAAUUUUCUAACAUUUCCAAAAGACCAGAUUCCGACUUUAAGGCCGAACUUGUCGACUUCUACAAAACGACGGAAGGCGUAACUGAAAGCAUUUCGGAGUAUCGAGUACGCAAGGUCAGCGAGCAUGAAAUCAUUGGCCUGAGAUUAACCCAACAGGGUGAAGCGCCAACCCAGGAGUUAACACACUCCAUAGAACAACUCACCAGCGAGCUCGAACGCUUCACAGUCGCUUACGAGACCUGCUUAAGCAACCUUGCAUUGCUGCGUGUUAACACUACCAGCAAUAGGUUAAACACUAAGCAAGCCCGAGACGAACUGACUAAAAACCAAGCCGCGCAAAAGCUCAUAAAAUUCGGAGCUUCGCUCAGUUUGUCCACCGCAGAAAACGCUUGCCCCGCGUGCCAUCAAUCCAUCGGACACUCUCUUGUCGAUCUACAUGAGAGCACUCCUCAUAUGGACAUCGGUACCAACAUUGACUAUCUGAGCGCUCAACUCAGAAUGCUUGAACGCGAGCGAGGCGGCAUCGAUCAGUCGAUUAAGGAAGCGGAAGCACUUAAAGAACAGCUGGCUAAAAAUAUUGCAACAACCAAGUCUGCAAUGAGAGCUUUGCGCUCAGAUCUGACCUCCAACUCUUCCGUAUCUAAAUCAGGCAUCAGACGCCAAUUACAGAUCGAGAUGGAGCUCGAAGAGCUCUCCAAAUUCGAAGCGUACUCUGAUCAAGCACUGGACGCCUUUGAACAACUAGCAAACCGUUUCCACGAGAACCAGAAAAACCGCGCGCAGAUACCCCGAACCCAUUACUCAGAUGCCGACUUCGCCAAGUAUCGGCUAUUCGAAAAAAUGUUUCGCGCAAAUAUCAGUGCCUUCGAUUACCACAGCGCGGCGAUUGAGGACAUCGAGUUCAACAAGGAAAACCUACUGCCGUACUUGGCAAAAAUCGAGCUCAGAGAGAUCAACGAGCGGAGUAUGCCGUCGUCUACACCUGCAGUCUCGACUACUUCAGCAGUUGCCCGAAGUGAUGACACCCCCAAAGGGAAAGGCAAUAUCGCUCGAGAGUCCAGUGCCAGUGACUUUGUCCGUCUCAUAUGGAGCUAUUUGCUCUCCAUCUAUCAGACAUCUGCUCAUCCAACAGUCAACGGAAAUCACUUGGGGAUUUUGCUGCUUGACGAGCCAGGACAGCAUUCGAUGGCCACCAAGAGUCAGCAAGCGUUGUUCCAAUUGCUUUCAUCGGAGACGGGGCUACAGAGCAUCGUGGCGGCCUCUUUU